AUCUGAAUGAACCUCUUUCCUGUCUCAGAAAUGUUCCUGUACAUUCUUGGACUGGUGGCUUUUUGGUUUGUGUUCCGCUGGUACAGGGAACUCGCAAGAGUACCCAAUAAAGGAGAGAAAUAUGUCUACAUCACUGGCUGUGACUCUGGGUUCGGGAACCUUCUGGCCAGACAUCUGGACAAGCUGGGCUUCUGUGUGAUCGCAGCCUGCUACACUGACAAGGGGGAGGAUGAGCUGAAGAAGGUCUCUUCUGAACGAUUGAACACAGUCCACCUGGAUGUCAUCAGCACUGACAGUGUCAACAAAGCAACGGCAUUCAUCAAAACCUUGGUUGGGGAGAAGGGUGUGUGUCUUUGAAGACCAGUUUAGCCAAAUGUUGCAACUUUUGUAAAAAUGGACUCCAAUACUUUCCUGACUUUAAAAAUGGGGGAAGCGUUUGGUAUUCAAAAUAUCCAAGUAUCUAGACUGACUUCUGGUCUACUCAUUAAUUGAGUCCGAGUAAUAUUACUAUGAGUCAGUCAACUGGUGCUAUGGAAUUUCCAACCACAAACAUCUUAAAGGUCCAAUGCAGCUGUUUUUAUCUUGAUAUCAAAUCAUUUCUGAGUACCUUAUUUUGAUUGUUUUAAAUUGAAAUGGUCAAAAAGAAACAAAUUGCUUUUUAGCAAAGAGCAAUUUCUCAAGCAAGAAUUUUGCUAGGACUGUCUGGGAGUGGUCUGAGUAGGGAGAACUGAAAACUAGCUGUCACCAGACAGGCCAAAAACACCAUCCCACUAAAACAGGCUGACAUUUCAGGCGGUCUUUUCAAACAGCUCUUACACUAAAAGGACAUUAUCAUAAUUUUCACAGUAUUAUUCCAACCUCAUUGUGUGGAAACAAUAUACAUAUAAAACACAGGAAAAUCAGGUUUUUGACUGUACUGGGCCUUUUUAAGUGAACCCUUCUCACUGUAAGAUACCUCACUCCCACACGUGACAACUGGCAUGUACUGUAAGCACUUGUUGACACUUGUAGGCAUGGAAUGUUUUCCUUCAUUGUGACUGCUGCCUGUGUCCUGCUGUGGGUGUGAUUUGUUUGUACUAUAUGUUCUGCCUUAAUGUUUUUUUCAGGUCUGUGGGCUGUGGUGAACAAUGCUGGAGUCUCUGUACCAUCCGGUCCCUGUGACUGGAUGACCGUCGACGACUACAAGUCCAUGUUGGAUGUUAACCUCAUUGGAGUCAUUGGUGUGACUCUGAGCGUUCUGCCCCUCAUCAAGAAGGCCAGGGGUAGGGUGGUGAAUGUGGCCAGCGUGUUUGGGAGGAUAAGCGCCUUUGGGGGUCCCUACUGUGUGUCAAAAUAUGGAGUGGAGGCUUUCAAUGACAGUCUACGGUGCGAGGCCCUGCUUUUUGUCUAAGCAUAUACUGUAUCACGUUUAUUUGAAUGUAUUAGAGAAUUGUAGCAAACUGAAUAGUGUUGCUCAGAGCUUUAUUCUCUAUGGCUCUGACUUUAUAUGGAUAUUGUAUUGCAGACAUAUAUUAAUGUUUGUUGUGGCACAUUUUUCUUUUGAAUUCCAGGAUGAACAUGUCAGCGUUUGGAGUUAAAGUCCUGUGUCUUGAACCAGGCUUUUUCAAAACAAGUGUGACUGAUCUACAUCUCCUGAGAAAAAAUGUGAAGACAUUGUGGGACAAUCUGUCUGAAGAAAUCAAAGAUCAAUAUGGACAUGAUUACCCAGAGAGAGGUACGUAUUUUAUAUAUUUUUAACAAAACAAACAAACAUACAAAUGAACCUGUGCAUGCUGCUGUAGUAUGAUUGAUGCAAAUAGGUUUAUCAUAACGUGUGUGACAGAAUGAUAAGCACUCCAAGAACGCAUUGACAGGGAUUGCCCAGGGCAUUGACAGGGAUUGCCCAGGGCAAAUGAACUGGGCAAGUUAAACCUGCCUGCCUUUGACGUCAGCUUGUUAAUGGAGGUAAUACCUUUCUUCCAGCAAAUGUGACAUUGGAGAAGAAUGUUGCAACGUUGCUGGAUGGGGACCUGAUGAAGGUUGUGAGUUGUAUGGAGCACGCCAUCUCUGCUGUCCACCCUCGGACACGCUACUCACCUGGCUGGGAUGCCAAGUUCUUAUGGUUGCCAAUGUCCUACCUCCCAACUUGGAUCGCUGACAAAAUGCUCUUAAAAGAUAUGGCCAAGCCAACAGGCGCUAUUCUUUAAUGUUAAUGGUUGUCUGACCGAAAGUAGGAAGAAGUCUUUAUUAACACCCACUGGAGAGCAAGAAAAAUUGCAUACUUUUUUAUCAUUGGAAAAAAUGUAUAGCAUGUGAAUGAAAAAUAAACAUUAAUUUGUUUUCAAAAUUAAACAGUUGUGAUUUGCCUUUUGUCUAAUCACAUUUGUAUUUGUACUGUUUCACUGGUCUCAUAAUAUAACUGAAUGGAAAGAGUUUCAGUAGUUUAAAUUAAGCUGUGUUUUCAUUAUGUGUCCACUUGAUACAUACAGUAAAUUAUAUUCUGUCUAGACCAUAAAUCUAUGCUCUAAUCUAGACCAACAUUUUAGGCUGGGUUUCUGUAUAAGCACUUUGUGACAUCUGCUGAUGUAAAAAGUGCUUUAUAAAUACAUUUGAUUUGAUUAGCUUAUAGCUACCCAAUCUCAUUGAAGGAUACAACUAAUAAAAACGAAUAGUUGUUUCCCACAUUACUAAGGGGAGAUGGCUGCUGAUAAUUAUAGUAUUAUGUGCAUUCUACUUUACCUGCACUGGCUGCCUUCCUCUCAUUCAUGAGUCUUCAACAACGGCACACUUACACUGCUCUGCUCAAAGAUACUGUAUGACUUUGUAGAAUGGAGUGCACCUUCAAAAGAAAAACAGAUGUGUGGCCUAGCCCUAGUGGUAAUCAGGUGAAAGAAGAUGUAUUUACCAGAACUCUUAUCAUCAUGUAAACCAUUGAAGGUCCAUGGGACAUAUUACACAAUCAAGCAGCACAGACCUUUGACACCGCUCCCAAUCUGUAGCCCCUCAUAAGUCCUUUGAUUGUAGCCACUGGGAAGCAUGUAGGUUGGACUGAGGAACAAACUCCAUUCUGCUUUUUUUAUAUCCUGGAUGAGAAAACACCAAACUUGCAAGUAGCCAUGGUAGGUCCAAUGUAUAAUCCACAUUACAGAAGAUCUUGUAUAUGAUUGCAAAAUUUCCCUAAAUUCCUGGGUUUUUCAGAAAUCCUGGAAUUUUGGGAAAGUAACCUGACUUUUGUAAUUCUAAUCCAAUGUAAGUGUAAACUGUAAAAAUGUUCCACCUUUUUAAUGCUUAAUUGUGAACAAAUUUAAUUCAACACAACAUACUUAUUGCAUUUGUGAAUAUAGGUUUAUACAUAAUUGUGUGGCUAUAUUUUAUACCUUUUUACAUAACACUGCCAGAAAGAAAUGACCGUUAACCUUGUUGACAACAGUGUGUGGACUCCUACAUGAUUUACUUUUACCAGUGUUUAUGUGCACAUUUAGGAGAUACCAAGAUGCCAUCUGGUGGUCAGAGUAACACUAUUACAGUUUUCCAUUAUAACGCUAUGACAGAAUAGUGUCAUGAGCAAACAACAUAGGCUUAGCCCACUGCACGAUUUACAGCAAAUUCUUCCUAUCAAAAAACAAAAGCUUACUGUGCAACACAUUCCUAAUCAAAUUAUGUUUACUCUCAUUGGAUAUAGCUGUGAAUUGCUACCAUUAAUUCCAACUAUGGAAUCUGAAAUAAUUAUUGAAAAAAGAAGGCUGUAGAAUUGAGAAGAAUUUUAGAAUGUUUUAUUCAGCCAAGUUCUCUCAAACCAGAAAUACGCUUUUAGGUAUUAUGUUUCACCCUACUAGACAUGUAUACUAUGUCAUAUGAAAAGCUGUGAGCUACUUGCAGCCAAGUUUGCUUAUGACCAGGUGCAUUGCUGUGAUUAUGACAAACUAAUAAUAUAAUCCUUCAGGUGUGUACCAGAUCUGUAAGCAAGAUAGACAAGGAUAAUGGCGUUGGAGCACACAGACAAACAACUGCAUAUGAAAAGAAACGGAAUAAUUAGAUUGUAGGCCUAUACUCUAAACACUGAGCUAUUGUCUUAUUAAUUUGAAGAAUCAUAUUAUUUAAUGUGGUUCUUUAGAGCCUAUUCAUCUUUGUCAAUAUAGUUAUGCUGUUUUUAUUAUUCUAACAUGUCAACUAUUCAAAUGAAGGAGCAAUUAGAAUACUAAUGGCUGAAGACUCAGCUUUCUCUGAUGUAAGUGUUUUGAAGAAAAAACAAGACAAUAAUAUGUUAUUGGAAAGGUACCAUUAUAUAACUGAAAUGUGACUCCCUAUAGGUCUUUCCUCUGGUGUCUGAAGAGAAUAUUCUAGUGGAUUUUUUUCAGGUGAGAUUGAUAAAGUUCCUUGUCUUUUAUAACUUAUUUAUAACAUUACUUUCUUUAUUACAUUGUUUGUUUAUUAUAAACAAUGUUGUCAUUUUUUGUCUGUCUGUUUUAGGCAAUCCUAUCACACUUGGCCCUAUCCUGCAUACUAAUUUCAGUUACAGCCAUAGCCAUCGCCUGGUUUAUUAGAGAUUCUUUCAAAGUUGAAGAUUUUGACAAGAAACAUGUCUUUAUCACGGGCUGUGAUAGCGGAUUUGGAAAUUUGGUGGCAAGGCAACUUGACCAAAGGGGGUUUCAUGUAAUAGCCGCAUGUCUCACGAAGAAAGGUGAAUCGGAAUUGAAGGCUGCGGCCUCUCCCAGACUGAAGACAGUUCUGUUCAAUGUUACCGACAGUCUGAGCAUCGAGAGUGCGGUGGAGGUUGUGCGCGCCGAGGUUGGAGAACGAGGUAAGUGAGGAAGGCAGCAGUGGGUAGAUAGGGUGCCAGUCAGAGUCAAGCACCGGGAGAGAUAAAAAUGUGAUGGGGUGCUUGACUAACCGAAACUGACCCAUACGUCUGCAUAUUUUCAAACCAUUAUCACCUUGAGAGCUGCUGAGGAAACCUACCAUAACAUUACCAAGACACAGUGAUGAGAAAAUGGACCAACUUUUGUUAAGUCACCAGCCAAGUUUACUCUGAAUCACAUAAAUGGUCUGUGAUUUGAAUUAGAUGCCUAAUUGGAAUAUUCUUGCUUUAAACACUAAACACUAAAACAUAGUGAUUUAUGGCUAUCCCAAGCUUUGAAAUAUUACUUCUGUGCUUGGCCCAAACCCUUUAGAAUGAAAUAUUUGGUGCAAGAUCCACAAUCAUGUCAUGUAUCCUUUACCUCUUUCCACAAGCAGAUUAGUGAAUGGAAGAUUUAAGACAGCUUUGCUUCAUAUAUCCAGCCCUGGUUAAAUGUCUGGUUAAAGAUGAAUGAAUUGCCUUUUGACAUUCCCAGAAUUCAACUAACUAUUGAUAGGACACAUAUUGCACUAGGGGGCAUCACUCUAGGAUUACAUGUAAUAGAGACCUCUGAGUGGAAAAUACUGUGUGUUACUACAGUUAUUGCACAGAACAGUUGCAGCGUAUCUCUUUCUACCCACAUUUCUUAUCAUACAGUUGAAGUCGGAAGUUUACAUACAACUUAGCCAAAUACAUUUAAACUCAGUUUUUCACAAUUCCUGACAGUUAAUCCUAGUAAAAAUGCCCUGUCUUAGGUAUGUUAGGAUCACCACUUUAUUUUAAGAAUGUGAAAUGUCAGAAUAAUAGUAGAGAGAAUUAUUUAUUUCAGCUUUUAUUUCUUUCAUCACAUUCCCAGUGGGUCAGAAGUUUACAUACACUCAAUUAGUAUUUGGUAGCAUUGCCUUUAAAUUGUUUAACUUCAGUCAAACGUUUCGGGUAGACUUCCACAAGCUUCCCACAAUAAGUUGGCUGAAUUUUGGCCUAUUCCUCCUAACAGAGCUGGUGUAACUGAGUCAGGUUUGUAGGCCUCCUUGCUCGCACGCUUUUUCAUUUCUGGCCACAGAUUUUCUAUAGGAUUGAGGUCAGGGCUUUGUGAUGGCCACUCCAAUACCUUGACUUUGUUGUCCUUAAGCCAUUUUGCCACAACUUUGGAAGUAUGCUUGGGGUCAUUGUCCAUUUGGAAGACCCAUUUGUGACCAAGCUUUAACUUCCUGACUGAUGUCUUGAGAUGUUGCUUCAAUAUAUCCACAUAAUUUUCCUUCCUCAUGAUGCCAUCUAUUUUGUGAAGUGCACCAGUCCCUCCUGCAGAAAAGCACCCCCACAGCAUGAUACUGCCACCCCCAUGCUUCACGGUUGGGAUGGUGUUCUUCGGCUUGCAAGCGUUCCCCUUUUUCCUCCAAACAUAACGAUGGUCAUUAUGGCCAAACAGUUCUAUUUUUGUUUCAUCAGACCAGAGGACAUUUCUUUGUCCCCAUGUGCAGUUGCAAACCGUAGUCUGGCUUUUUUAUGGUGGUUUUGGAGCAGUGGCUUCUUCCUUGCUGAGCGGCCUUUCAGGUUAUGUCGAUAUAGGACUAGUUUUACUGUGGAUAUAGAUACUUUUGUACCUGUUUCGUCCAGCAUCUUCACAAGGUCCUUUGCUGUUGUUCUGGGAUUGAUUUGCACUUUUCGCACCAAAGUACGUUCAUCUCUAGGAGACAGAACGCGUCUCCUUCCUGAGCGGUAUGACAGCUGCGUGGUCCCAUGGUGUUAAUACUUGUGUACUAUUGUUUGUACAGAUGAACGUGGUACCUUCAGGCAUUUGGAAAUUGCUCCCAAGGAUGAACCAGACUUGUGGAGGUCUACCAUUUUUUUUCUGAGGUCUUGGCUGAUUUCUUUUAAUUUUCCGAUGAUGUCAAGAAAAGAGGUACUGAGUUUGAAGGUAGGCCUUGAAAUACAUCCACAGGUACACCUCCAAUUGACUCAAAUCAUGUCAAUUAGCCUAUCAGAAGCUUCUAAAGCCAUUACAUCAUUUUCUGGAAUUUUCCAAGCUGUUUAAAGGCACAGUCAACUUAGUGUAUGUAAACUUCUGACCCACUGGAAUUGUGAUACAGUGAAUUAUAAGUGAAAUAAUCUGUCUGUAAACAAUUGUUGGAAAAAUUACUUGUGUCAUGCACAAAGUAGAUGUCCUAACUGACUUGCCAAAACUAUAGUUUGUUAACAAGACAUUUGUGGAGUGGUUGAAAAACAAGUUUUAAUGACUCCAAUCUAAGUGUAUGUAAACCUCCGACUUCAACUGUAUAAGAGUACUCUAAUACUUGAUAAUGCAGUAUCACAUGUCGUUACUGUGCGAAGUUCGUCUCCCUCUCUGUAUCACAGGUCUCUGGGGGCUGAUCAACAACGCUGGGAGGUCCACACCUAUAGGCCCCACUGAAUGGAUGCAGUUGGAGGACUUCAAGAAAGUUCUAGAUGUGAAUUUAAUAGGUCUGAUUGAAGUGACCCUGAAGUUCCUCCCACUCUUAAAGAAGGCUCAAGGAAGGGUGGUCAAUGUUGCCAGUAUCCUGGGGAGGCUUGCCCUCAUUGGAGGAGGCUACUGCCUAUCUAAGUAUGGUGUGGAGGCCUUCUCUGACAGCCUUAGGUAUCGUGGCAUUGUUUUACAAUAUAAUAAACUCAGUAAACUAGGGAUUGAUUUCCAAGCAUUUUAUUAUGGAACUGUAACUGUGCAAUGCUGUGCACCACAGAGUUAUUCAUAGAUUUAAGCAUCUUAUUGUAUUAGCUAGAUAACAACUAAGCUGCCUGCUCUUAUGUUCAGGCGGGAUAUGCAGCAUUUUGGUGUAAAAGUGAGUAUCAUUGAGCCUGGUUUCUUCAAGACGGGUGUGACCAGGCUGGACCUCAUUGAAGCAGACCUGCAGAGACUAUGGAACCGUCUCCCUGAGGAGGUCAAGCACUCAUAUGGACCCAACUUCUUUGAUGAAUGUGAGUAAAUACUGUGUACUGUUUUUAAAAUGGUUGAGUCAUGUCAUUACAAUGCUGAAACAUUCAUGUCUGACUCUCAUCCAUUCACUGUGGUCUAUGACAGAUGUAAAAGCUCAGGAUUUCUCCAUGGGUCUCCUGUGCAGUUCAGACAUCUCCAAAGUGACCAGUUGCAUGCAGCAUGCCCUUACAGCCCGCCACCCACGGACCCGCUACUCACCUGGUUGGGAUGCAAAGCUCAUCUGGAUCCCCCUGUCCUACCUCCCUACAUUCAUAGCAGACUUCGCCAUCGCUGUUCUACUUCCUGUCCCCAAAGACGACAGAAAGAUCCAUGCAAACCAAGUGGGUGUGGCAAACACAUGAGCCACUGGACUCUUUCCUUUAUCAAUCACAUCUAUGAUACGUUUUAGACUGAUUUAUAUUCAUUAUUUGCAUUUCAAGUAUGUUGAUAUUGUUUAACUUCAGUCAAACGUUAAAAUAAUAAAAAUAUAAAUGCAAAAUGUAAAGUGUUAUUCCCAUGUUUCAUGAGCUUAAAU